ACCAUUUGCCGGAACCCUAGCCCGCCAAAACCCAAAAUCAAAAUCGCCAUCUCGGAGGAGAAAAAUCCCCAAAUCCACCGGCGAAACCCACCAAAACCAAUGGCGUCCAGCGCCGCCGUCGUCGAGAUCAUCGACGACGACGACGACGACACCGCCGCCGCCACCCCUCUCGCUGUCCACAAGCGCUCCCAUGCGCUCGCCGCCGCCACCACCGCCUCCGAUUUCCUCGACGUCUUCUCGCCCUCCCCUCCUGACCCGAAGCGGCGGCAGCUCGCGUCGACCAUCGUGCUUGACGACACCCCCACCCCGCCGAAGCGGCGGCCGCCGCCCGUAGAUGCCAGUCGGUCUGUUUCCGCGGUGGCCGAUACGCCGCGGUCGUCCGUGCCGUGCUCGCUCGGCAACCGCGCCGUUGCGGAUGACACGCCCAAUUCUGUCCUGCCAAGUCCGUCCCACUUCGGCGUUGCCGAUUCUGCGACCCCUCGUUCGGAUGUCCCCUGCUCAAUCGGGCCUGCCGACGUUGUUCCUGAGACUCCCGGCCUCGCCGUCCCGCGCUUGGCUGCUCCCCCCUCUGUCCCUGCCUUGCCUUCUCUUGCGACCGCGAGGAAAUUUUCUGGAGUACCUUGUCCAAUAUCUUUGGAUAGUGAUGAGGAAUUGGAUGACACUCUAUCCAGGGAGGAUUUAACCAAAUCACCAAGCAAUAUGGCAAAGCCAGAAUGCGUCAUUCAACCCUGGACUAGUUCCUGUACUGAUAAAGUUGAUGGAGCAUCAAGUACAGAUCAGAAUAAUUAUUCAAAAUCAUAUGUGGAGCAUCAAAUACCCCUUUCUGGAUGUAAAAAUUAUGGAACAACCAGUUACCAUCAACCUCUGCAUGCUAAUUUUCCUCGUGAAGAUUCUAUCUUGAAGGAGGCUGAUCCUUUUACCAAUAAGCAUUGUCCUCAGGAGGAGAAUGUUCUACCAAUUGAAGAAAGGAAGAAAAAACAACAGGAAGAGAAGAAACUAAAGAUGGAAAAGAAAGCCAGACUGAUGGAGGAAAAAAAGCAAAAACGACUGGAAAGCAAAAGGCAGAAGGAAGCUAUGAAAGCUGAACAAGCAGCAUUGAAGAAGUUGGACAAAGAAAAAAGAAAGUGGGAAUCAGGGAAGUUUGCUACUAAAUCUAUUGUAAUUGAGAUUGACUCCAGUGUUAUUGAAAGCGGCUCAGUUGGAGGUCAUCUUGUGCAAAGAUUUGCAGAGAAGGGACUUUUGUAUCGAGUUACAUCUAAUUCAAUCAGGGGGUCGAUUUUAUGGAAUAUGAAAAUUCCUGAUGAGAUCACCCAGAACCAAGCUUCAACAUUAGAAGUACCAUAUAUUCUCUUUGUGCUUCAAGCUGAGGAAUUCUGCGAUCUUGUGACCGCUGGUACAUUAUUGGACCAUGUUCACAAAGUUCGAAGUCAGUAUCCAGAAUUCACGAUUUGCUAUGUCACUAAUAAAUUGAUGAGCUACAUAAAAAGACGUGAGCAGAGUCAGUACAACAAGAACGUACCAAAUUCAAAUGGGUGGAAACGUCCACCAGUGGAAGAGGGUUUAUGCAAACUAGCAACGGAUUGUGUUAGGGUUCAUUCAAGGCAGUGCACAGAUGAAGCUGAAGUGGCAGAGCAUGUUGUUGGCUUGACAUAUAGUCUUGCAAAUUGCAAGUUCAGGAAACCUUUGACAUGGUUAUCUGUGCAUGCUAACGGUUCAAGUAUUAAAGGCAUUGAGAAAGAUAAGAUUAAGAAAAGCCCCUGGCUAAAAUCUUUAGUUGCCAUUCCUAGAGUCAAUCCAGGACAUGCUAUUGCAAUUGAGAAGAAGUACCCGUCCAUGAGAUCAUUAUUGAAUGUGUAUAUGGAUGAUAAUAAAUCUGUUCAUGAAAAAGAGCAUUUGCUUGAAGAUUUGAUGUUGGAAGGCCCCCUGGGUGAUUUAAACAGAAGGCUCGGACCAGCAUGUUCUAAACGAGUGUACAGAAUUCUCAUGGCACAAAAUGGAGCGGCAGAAGUGGAGGCUGAUAAGCGAUAACAAUGGAGCUUAGCUAAAGCCUUCCAUGCUCACUGUUAUAAAUCAUGAAAGGUCGAUGUAUUAUUUAUGGCCCUUUUGUUCAUAUUGUUUAGAUGAAGCUUCAAGGUAGUUCAUACGAUGUUCCUGGUGCUGAAGCCAUUACUUUCUAUGGCUGGCGCUUUGGUAUGCUCUCUAGUCAUCGAAGUUAUCAUAACAUGACGGACAUGGAACCUUCUGCUAGAUAUCUGGAGGACUGGAUGAUGCUGUGGAUACCCUAUUCUGUGUGAUAGCAACACGAAAGGCCCCACCAAUUUUGCAACUUUUUGUAAAGUUCACAACUAUUUAGAAAGGUUCAAGUAAAUGGUUUGUACUGAAACCUAAAAAAAAUCAUAUCGAACGGCCCUGCACUUGUGCGUGUCGGCAGUGUAAUGUAUGGUACCUUAAGGCGCAGCCGUGCAGUGUACGAUUACACGCAUUAAGCCCCUGGUUGCGGCUACCGAUCUUCAAGGAGUACAACUACAGACUCGUUGCAGCCGAUCAGAUCGCCCUGUCCUGAAUCUCCAGAGAGAGGCGUGAUUCUGCAAUAUACCCAAGGAUCUACUAUACCGUGUAAGCUAACGUACCAGCACAACCGAAAGAAGGGAUAAUUCUUCAGAAGAAACUCUUAAAGAGAGAGAAGAUAGGAAUUGAUGCAUGGGAAUCACAAAACUGUUCAUGAAAUCCUGGGCCUGUUGCAACCCAACAUAUCUGCACACCAGCACAUUGCAAUGCCAAAUGAAUCCUGAUUCCUGUCUCAUCAUUUGCCUAGUAGCGAGAAGGGGCAUCCUCUAAUCUCUUCCUAGAGAUAGUUGCAUUGUAUAAUGGUUUUAGGCUGCCGGUGCCUUGCAUUUGAAGCCGACAUGUGCAUUGGGCAGAGACGCUGUGUUUCAACAUGCCCAAAAGGAUGCCAUGGGCAGAUUGUACGCGAUUGUCGGAAACCCACUAUCAUCACAUGCAGCAUUUGCAAGAUUCAUGGCAUUGUUGAAACCACCGGUUUUAUGUUUCUUAAGCGCAAUGACAAGUGAUUUUUUUUUGUGUAAGCGUCUUUGGCAACCCUCUGGGUGGACCAACAAAAUGGUGCCCCAGCCACGCCCGUUCUUUGCUUGCUAUGAUGAGGUCAUGAUGCAAUUCACAAGGUUAGAAAUUUACAUUAUC